ACAGCUCGAGGCAUGCAGGGGGAGCAGCGGCCCAGCCUGCGAGAGGGCGCUGCGCUACCAAAUAGGGGACAAGAUCCACGGAUUCACUGUCAACCAGGUGACACCUGUCCCCGAGCUGUUCCUGACCGCAGUGAAGCUCUCUCAUGAUGGCACAGGGGCCAGGUACUUACACCUGGCCAGGGAGGACAGCAACAACCUGUUCAGUGUGCAGUUCCGCACCACGCCCAUGGACAGCACGGGCGUUCCUCACGUGCUCGAGCACACGGUUCUGUGCGGGUCUCAGAAGUACCCCUGCCGAGACCCUUUCUUCAAGAUGCUGAACAGGUCCUUGUCCACGUUCAUGAACGCCUUCACGGCUAGUGACUAUACUCUGUAUCCAUUUUCCACACAAAACCCCAAGGAUUUCCAGAACCUGCUCUCUGUGUAUCUCGAUGCGACCUUUUUCCCCUGUUUGCGAGAGCUGGACUUCUGGCAGGAAGGCUGGCGACUUGAGCAUGAGGACCCGAGUGACCCCCACACGCCCUUGAUCUUUAAAGGGGUCGUCUUCAAUGAGAUGAAGGGAGUGUUUACCGACAACGAGAGGAUCUUCUCCCAGCACCUCCAGAACAGGCUUCUUCCUGACCACACGUACUCGGUGGUCUCCGGGGGUGACCCCCUGUGCAUCCCAGAACUCACAUGGGAGCAGCUCAAGCAGUUCCACGCUACACACUACCACCCGAGCAAUGCCAGGUUCUUCACGUACGGAAGUCUCCCGUUAGAACAGCAUCUGAGACAGGUUCAUGAUGAAGCGCUGAGUAAGUUUCAGAAGAUUGACACGCAUACUGCCGUGCCCACUCAGAAGCCCUGGGACCGGCCGAGGGAGUUCCAGAUAACUUGCGGCCCGGAUGCAUUCGCUGCAGAUCCCUCCAGACAGACGAUGGUUAGCGUCGCCUUCCUCUUGCCAGAUAUCACGGACACAUUUGAAGCCUUCACCUUAAGUCUUCUGUCUUCACUCCUGAUCACUGGGCCCAAUUCUCCGUUUUACAAAGCCUUGAUUGAGUCUGGACUUGGCACAGACUUUUCUCCUGAUGUCGGAUACAAUGGCUACACGAGGGAGGCCUACUUCAGCGUCGGUCUCCAGGGAUUAUCAGAGAAAGACGUUCAGACCGUCAGGAGCCUUGUGGACAGAACGAUUGACGAGGUCAUUGAGAAAGGGUUUGAAGAUGACCGGAUUGAAGCUUUACUUCAUAAACUUGAAGUACAGAUGAAGCAUCAAUCUCCCAGCUUUGGCCUGACCCUGACAUCAUACAUAGCUUCCUGCUGGAAUCACGACGGCGACCCUGUGGAGCUCUUGAAGCUGGGAAACCAGUUGACUCAAUUCAGACAGUGUCUGAAGGAAAACCCCAAGUUUUUGCAAGAAAAAGUAAAGCAGUAUUUUAAGAAUAACCAGCAUAAGCUGACGUUGUCCAUGAAGCCAGAUGACAAGUACCACGAGAAACAAGCGCAGAUGGAGGCGGAGACUCUGAAGCAGAAGGUCGACUCGCUCUCCCUGGAAGACAAGCGGCGGGUCUACGAGAAAGGUUUGGAAUUACGAGCCCAGCAAAGCAAACCCCAGGAUGCCUCUUGCCUGCCAGCGCUGAAAGUCUCCGACAUCGAGCCCGUCAUGCCGGUCACAGAGCUGGAUGUGGCCCUUGCAGCCGGAGGGACCCCCGUGCAGUACUGCGCGCAGCCCACCAACGGCAUGGUCUACUUCCGUGCCUUCUCCAGCCUGCACACGCUCCCCGAGGAGCUGAAGCCCUACGUGCCCCUCUUCUGCAGCGUGCUGACCAGGCUGGGCUGCGGCAUCUUCGACUACCGGGAGCUGGCGCAGCAGAUCGAGCUGAAGACGGGCGGCAUGAGUGUCUCCCCCUCGGUGCUCCCCGACGCGGCGCACCUGGACACCUACGAGCAGGGGGUGCUUUUCUCGUCUCUCUGCCUGGAUCGAAACCUGCCGGACAUGAUGCACUUGUGGAGUGAAAUAUUUAACAACCCGUGCUUCGAGGAAGAGGAGCACUUCAGGGUGCUGGUGAAGAUGAGUGCCCAGGAGCUCGCGAACGGCAUCCCCGGCUCUGGGCACCUGUAUGCGUCCGUCAGAGCCGGCAGGACCCUCACGGUCGCGGAGAUGGCCGACGUCAGGCCUGUCCUGAGGAAGCUCCCGCGCAUCAAGAAGCAUCUGCUGAGCGGCGACAACUUGAGGUGUGCGGUGAAUGCCACCCCCCAGCAGAUGGCCCAGGCAGAACGGGCAGUGGGAGACUUCGUCAGCAGCCUGGGGCGGAGCAAGAAGGAGCAGAGGCCUGCACGCCCGCACGUGGUGGAGAAACCCGCCAGCGGCAGCCCCGGGAGCAGCAUGCACGUUCACGGCCCCCAGAUCGUGCGGAAGCUGGUCACGGACCCGACCUUCGAACCCUGCCAGAUGAAGACCCAUUUCCUGCUGCCCUUCCCGGUGAACUACGUGGGCGAGUGUGUCAGGACCGUGCCCUACACUGACCCAGAUCACGCCAGUCUAAAGGUCCUUGCACGUCUGAUGACUGCCAAAUUCCUGCACACGGAAGUUCGAGAAAAGGGGGGUGCUUACGGCGGAGGGGCCAAGCUCAGCCCCAGCGGGCUUUUCACCUUCUACUCGUACAGGGAUCCACACUCCACAGAGACGCUCCAGGCUUUUGGGAGGGCCGUGGACUGGGCCAAGUCCGGGAAGUUCACGCAGCAGGACGUCGACGAGGCCAAGCUUUCUGUUUUCUCCGCCGUGGAUGCUCCCGUCGCUCCUUCAGACAAAGGCCUGGACCACUUUCUGCACGGGCUCACGUACGAGAUGCGGCAGGCACACCGGGAGCAGCUGUUCGCCGUCAGCCAUGACAGGCUCGUGGCCGUGAGCAGCAGGUACUUGGGCGUCGGGAAGAGCACACACGGGCUGGCUGUCCUGGGACCCGAGAAUGCGAAGAUCGCCAAGGACCCCUCGUGGAUUGUACGGUAGCCACCGGUGUCUCCGACACACAGGGCUGCGGGAGCCUGCACGUACGGACUGUGUUGGCGUCACCUCGUGGGAAAGAGAGGAGGGUCAGAAGCGUCACUGCUGUUUCCAAAAAUGCCUCAAGUCCUGCCGGAGGGACGGACUGGCCCGUCAGAACCUCCCCCCUCCUGAAGAAGGAAGCAGUGCCCGUGAAGAAAUGGACGUACUCACGCACUGAAGGCCAAAGGUGCACGGAUGACGCUCUUAAGACUUUCUAUGACGACAAAGCUUAUUUUACCUUUUUAGCCCUAGAACCUUUAUUUCAAAAAGCUAAAAAUAAAAGGCAUCGCUGAGC